AUUCACGCACUCGUCGCUCAAGGGUCCACAAUUCUUGCUGAGCAUCAGGCUGGCAAGCGUGACUUCUCGCAAGCAACGCAAACGAUACUUUCGAAGAUCCCUCCGAACAAUAGCAAGCUCACUUAUGUUUGGGAACAGUACCUCUUCCAUUACAUCUCAGAUGGAGGUUUCGUAUACCUCGUAAUGGCAGACGAUUCUGCUGGGAGACGAAUGCCAUUCACGUUUCUCGGCGACUUACAACGCAAGUUUGCCUCCAGUCCGUCGUCGUCUAGCCUCGAUUCGGACUCCGUACAUCUCUCUCUUCAAUCAUCUUUCGGCCCAACAAUCUCGCAGCUCAUGUAUACAUACAACACCAAUCCGCCGACGGACGAGCUCGCACGUGCCCAAUCCGAGCUGGCUCAAGUUAAAGAUAUCAUGGUGCAGAAUGUAGAACAGAUACUGAGCCGUGGGGAACGGAUUGAGCUACUUGUUGACAAAACGGAUACCAUGGCAAGUCAGGCUACCGCGUUCAGGCGAGGAGCGAGGACCGUUCGGAGACAAAUGUGGUGGAAGAACAAGCGGGUGGUCGCAUUAGGGGUUCUAGUCGCAUUGGUCAUUCUGUAUCUCAUCGUGGCACAGUUCUGCGGCGCAGGGCUUCACUGCUCCGCUUGA